AUGUGUGAGGUACUUAUUCUAAUGCUCAACUCAUUCUAUCGAGUCUACUAUCAAUUAUUCGAUUUAUGUGAGCACACACUGAUUUCGGUGCUCAUUUUGUUGGUGGUUCUCAUUUGUUUCAUUCCGGCACUUUUCAAAACGGAAGAACAGCGUCCACUGUUUACCAUCUUCGUUCUCGUCUGCGGCGUGGUCGGCGGCCUCAUCGUCGUCAUCUCCGUUGUCUAUCUCUACAGAUAUUGUCUGAAACGAAGGAAUCCGGUUACCACAACGGUAAACCCGGACUUCAAGAGAGAACACAUUCGGAGCGUCGUCGUUGGUCUGAGCCGACCACUGCCCUUGCCGCAAGAGUUUCUAAAUUCAUCCACUCCGAAACACACUUCCACGACUACAUUAGGAUUCGAGGACGAACACGAUAUUGAUAACAGCAUAUCAGUGGUCCCGUUGAUUGUUACAAACGAUUCAAAUUAUGCAUUGAGGUUAUCCCAGAACACUUAUAAUACUCUUCUAUCUGUCUCUCCUGCUCCAACCAGAGCCCACUCAGCUGAACUUCAUCCCCCAGAAGUCUCCGACGAGGUUCGCCGAAGUUCCUUUGAAGUUCAACGUGGAACUGGUCGUCAACUUCCAAGUACCGAAGGAUUGGAGCAACACCACCAGUUCGAACAUGAUCGACAACGUCGUAUGAGCCACUUUGCACGCAGCAAUGCUGUACACUAUGCCGCCGCACCGCCGCCGCGGAAACAGGUCUCCUCUCCUCUUCCCGAAAUCCCUCGCCGAAUCUAUGAACGAGGUCAUGCCCACUCGAGAUCCUGGAACCCCGGAGCGCAACCGUCUCCACCUCCUCUCUUAGAUCCCAAUACAUAUCAUCAAUUCUAUGAACCAGUUAUCCACAGCACAGCACCAGAUGCUGUCAAUGAUCCAUACAUCCUCCAAGUCUCCAGUUCUCGUCGAUUAGAAGUUCCAAUCAUCCAGGAGCCUCUGCCCCCCACACCGCAUAACUCGGAGCGUCGUAGAAGUCACUUAGUUCCCAGACAAGCAAAAUCUUUCGAGACGAAUCCAGUGGAUCGUCGUCAUAUGUUGGAUCAUCGAUCGUAUACCCUUGCAUCUUCUCAAGCGGCGGCUGAAGCUCAAAGAGAAGAAGUUUCAGCUGCAUGUCAAUCAUUGUGGGCAGCGAAGGGACAUUUGGAGCAGUUGGAUGCUCUUGGUAUAUCCGAACCGUCUUCUGUGUCGACUUCAUUCGAAUCGAAUACUGAUAGUCAGGCAACAGCGGAUACUGUAGAGCGACAAGCCAGCCAAGUUGCCAAAGCAAAGAGAUCAGUCUUCAAUAAGGCGUGUCAUGUUGAUUCUGAGGUAUACGGUAGUUUACCGCAUAUCAAAAAGCGUUUAACGCUUGAAGAAACUCAAACUCGGAGCUAUGAUAGUCGCAAAAAUUCGGCCAGAGCAUGGUCCAAAGAAAGAAAAAAGAACAACUUAAACAUCCUCCUUCAACGUCAAUUCUUAUCGACGGCAGCCGUUUCUAGUAUGGAAUCAAACAAUUCAACUGACGACAGUGAUCAAAGAUUCUCGAAUAGUUUCGACAGUAUGAGAAGUGAAUUAGAGAGACGUCGAUUGUCACUUUUGAAUCAGACGGAUGCAAACUCAUCGGAUGAAGCGUGUAGUAGCUCGCAGAGAAUGAAUAAUCGAGAUUACAGCGUGGACGUUCGAAGUGACCAUUUGUUCCGCGAAUGGAGCAGAGUCGAUCCUGCGUACGAUCCACUAGAUCGACGUCUUCAACGAGGUCACACCGUUGACCAUUCUGCUAUGAACCAACACCGCCAAUUCCAACGACAAUUUUCACUCACCACGUCUCCAAUCGCUCAAACACCGCCACGCCGUCAACAGACAAUGGUCUCGUAUCGAAAUUGA